GAUAAGAGACGGUGUGCCCGUGGAAAACUGCCAAGCUAUUUUGCACAAUCUUGAGAUCAUGCUAACAUCUGCCUCGCAGUACUUGUUUUCUGCCAUGGAUGGGCGUGUGUAUUUUGGCGAGGUUUCAGUGGUUCUGCCAGCUCGCUGGCCAAAUCAUUGCAUUCCGUACAACCAAACUCGGACAUCAGCCAGCGGAGAACGAUCGGAUGUAACCAUUAUGUCAAACACACUCGCUGAAUCUCUCAUCUGGACGGAUCAGUUUUCCGGCUGCGGCGAACCUGGCGAUCAGAUCUACAUCGAUUCAGAGAUCCUCGGCCGCGAUACAAUUGGCCGUGAAUUCGUUCGCGAAUGGGCCAAAUAUCGGUACGGAGUUUUUGAUGAGAUCGGAUACGACAAAGAUCCGAUCUACCCCAGGUGCUACAUAAACGAUGAUCACGAAGUGAAGCUAACGGGCUGUUCGGAUGCACCGGUCAGUGACCACGGUCUGUGCGGAAGUCCAACUUCCGCACCUAUACCGUACAACAUAAGUGACAUACUGGAUAGAAACGCACGCACUAGCAUCAUGUUUGCGGCUGAAGCUCCCAGUGUAACGAUGUUCUGCGACGAAGGUACCCACAAUCGGUACGCUCCUUCGAAGCACAAUCAAAUGUGCGACCGACGCAGCACCCUGGAUGUGAUUCUCAAACACGCGGACUUUGCCAGUGAAGCUCAAAUCACCGUCAAUCCUUCGGUAAUCGUUAACACCACCCCAAAGUUCAGUUACAAAACGCGCAAAUCCACCCGUUACGUAAUCAUCAUCGACGAAACUCUGGACAUGCAGCUUCGCGAAUCGUGGAGCUUCCUGCGAAGUGCCAUCCGCAAGUGGGUCGUUUACGACCUGCCGGGCAAUACUGAAAUCGGAAUGGUACUGGCCAACGAUACGGCCACCGAAAAAAUUCUACAAAUCUCAUCGCUCCACAUCCAGGAGAACAAAGAUCUCGUUGCUUCAUUCAUUCCCUAUUCUCCCAGCGAUUCUCGACAACCUGCUUGCCUUACCUGUGCCAUAUCGGACGCCAUCAGUAUGCUCAACGAUAGGACCCGUCUUAACGGUCCGGCAAACUCGGUUAUCUUGGUCGUUUCUCCCGGUAUGGAUUUUUCACUUGAUCACAAAUCACUUGCCAAUGCAGCUCGUGCUUCCAAAAUUCGAAUCACCACCAUCAAUUACCCGAACGUGAUCCGUCGUCAACCGCUGGAUGCUUUGGCCGACGGAACCGGUGGUUCCGCAUUCUCUGUGUUCGAAUGCAAAUACAAUGGCGAAAAGACCUAUCUUACUACCUAUUUCGAGCUGACGAAUGUUCUUUUCAACAUUGGUAAACUGUACUAUGAAGGAAAUGUAAACGACCUGCCAGCGGAAAUCUACCGUAAGGAAUUGGUUGACGUGAUCGACGACUCCAACCAAAUCUCCAAACGCACAAGCCGAACGGUCACCGGAAGCUUCAUGUUGGACUCCUUCAUGGGUCCUCCGGCGCACUUUUUCGUCUACAUUCACAACCCGGAGAAUCCACUGAUUAUGAACCUCAAAUUAACCAGCCCAAACGGAGUCGUUUACACGUCACGCAGUGACUCCCGUUCGUUGGUGAAGCAAUUGAUGAUUUCAGCCGUUCUCAAUGAAACUGGAACCUGGACAUACACCAUAGAUCGCUUCAAUGGCAACCCACAGCCACACUACGUUCAGGUGAUUGCUACACCGCGAUCACGCUACGCACCCGUCAUUCAGGCUCGCUCGUGGAUACAUCAAAGCAAAUCUGGUGGUCCUCCGAUCGUUUACGCCGAGGUUAGAAAGGGUGACCUACCAGUCAGCUCCGCAUUGGUAGAAGUAGCCGUAACACGUCCCGAUAAGGUCUGCCAGGCCGGUACUGGCAUGGUCAACGAAUGUCGUGAAAAGUUCAAACUGCUGGAUACUGGAGCCGGCGAUCCGGAUGUCACAAAGGGCGAUGGCGUCUACUCUCGUUACUUCAAUGCUGAAGAAUUCGGUGGUACGGGAGCAUACCAGUUCGAAGUUACGGUCAGUGACAAUGGGAAUACGGCGUACUCUCUAUCGGAAAGUGCCAGCCAUGGAGUGGUCGCAUCUAGGUCUCAACCCGCUCGAUGUUGCGGAAGUUCUAUUGCCAUUCCGCUGAAACAACCGCUAACACCAUUCCAACGAACGCUGCAACCAAUGACCCUCUUCGUUACUCAGGAGCAAUUGAACGAGGAAAAUCGUCGUUUGGCUGGUCGCAUCAGUGACCUAAGUGCAAACGUUGAGGGUAUGAAGGUUCGUCUCGGCUGGACGUCUCCGGAUAUGGGUGGACGAACCGUUGCUCGCUACGAAGUGAAAUAUGCAACCACAAUCAAAGAUAUUGUGGACAACUUCGACACGGCAGCAGUUCUGUGGCACCACGACAAUCCGCUGACCUAUUCAAUCGGAGACGACAGCACAUUCACACUGAAUAUAACACACGAGCCGCACUUGAUUGGACAAAUCCUUUACUUUGCCGUCAGACCAUACUCUAAACUGGCAAAAGACGCCGAGCCGGGACCUAUAUCCAACUACGUAAGGGUAUUCGUGUCCAAACCUAAACCGACCACGCUCUAUCCACCAUCAAGUUCGGGUGGAACGGAAAGCUACGAUUCCAUCUGGUCAUCGUACGAUGGUAUCAGCAAAAAUCAAGAUGAUGGGAUGGAUAUCAUCCCUAGAAUCGCUAAAACCAUGGAUCUUGGCCUGGAGCUGCUACUUCCAAUAAUCGCUGGGAUUAUUCUACUGCUAGCAGUCAUACUAAUCUAUUGCUACUUCUGUGUAAUCAAAAAACGCCACAGUACUCACGACGACGACCAGAAGAAGCCCAUAAAAUGCUUCAAAAGUGAUCACAGAUUGUCAAACAGUCACAGCGUGAUCGUAACCGCAGCUGGAAACGCAUCGUCUCCCUCGUCAAACACCACCACUUCAUCAUCUUCCUCGCCACAUCAUCUCGAAAGCCAACAGCCGCACAUCCCGUCGUCCGUGUCGUACGAUAUGAACUUGAACGACCACCAAACGGUUGGCAUUCCGACCAUCUACAACAUCGACGACGACAUGAUGCUGAGCAAAAAGCGCUACAGUACCAUGGGACCCACACACCCGAUGGAACAGCAAUUGAUCGAAGAGCUGAAACAACAGCAACACAUCAUCGACUCGCAGUCCUUCAUCGUUCCGGCAAACAAUAAUAACUGUGCCGUCAGUAUUAUCUCCACCGCUUCCAACAACACUACCCUAACACGAUCGUACAACCCUAACCCGAUGCUACCCAAUGGACGAACGCUCAGUCCGUACGAGUCCUGGUCAGCUUCGCAGCUUCUGCAAGAACACGAACAUCAUCAUCCACAUCAUCAUCCACCGGCGCUGAUCGACGAUCUGGUAGACAACAAUGUUCCGCACCAAUUCUACAACACCCAACCGCACAGUCAACACGAUCAGAUGUCUCUUCUGAACAAUAACCACCUAAAUGAGAGCACUCCACCCGUUCCGCCACUGCCCAUCUAUACAACGACCAUCAGUGGCAAUAGCACCACCUCCUACGUUUACGGCCAUCCACCAGCAAAUCAAUCAAACAACGGCUCUGUAAACUCCGUUAACAGCGGCCACAAUAUCGGCGGAACCGACACCAAAAAGCGACGCAAUGUCACUAUGGUCUAG